GCUCGCGUAGAGCGGUUUAUUUGUUUGGUUCCGCUUCCCUACGAAACUCUCGAUCGUUUUCCCAGCCGGUAGCAUUAACUUGGCUAACUGGGACUUUAUUGUGACACUUUCUCCGAAUCGGCGCUCGUAAUCGAAGCGUGCUUAGCUAUACAGAUAGCCCGUGUUUGUUGAGUGUUCGUGAAAAAGAGUGUGUUGGGUGUUGGGAAAUCCGGAUCCCCGAAAUGGCCACGCGAUUUAUGGAUAUAGUGAAGCUGACCUUUAAGGUCCUUAAAUUUAAGUAUGAGCAGCGGAAGUUGGCCACAGCUAUAUACUCCGUGGUGAAGACAAAGCUAGGUCCUGUGCGCGGAGAGAAGAGGAACACUAUAUGGGGAGGAAGUUACUACAGCUUCGAGAAGAUCCCGUUUGCCAAGCCGCCGGUGGGUGAGCUGCGAUUCAAGGCUCCGGUACCAGCAGAGCCAUGGGAUCAAGAGCUGGACUGCACCUCGGCGGCGGAAAAGCCAUUGCAGACACACAUGUUCUUCAAGAAGUUUGCAGGCUCCGAGGAUUGCCUAUACCUGAAUGUGUACGCGAAAGACUUGCAGCCCAACAAACUGCGCCCUGUGAUGGUUUGGAUCUAUGGUGGAGGAUUCCAAGUGGGCGAAGCCUCUCGGGACAUGUACAGUCCGGACUUCUUCAUGUCCAAAGAUGUGGUCUUAGUCACCGUGGCCUAUCGACUCGGAGCUCUGGGCUUCCUGAGCCUGGAUGAUCCUCAGCUGGAUGUGCCGGGCAAUGCGGGGCUCAAGGACCAAAUCAUGGGUCUGCGAUGGGUGCAGCAGAACAUAGAGGCUUUCGGUGGAGAUCCCAAGAAUGUGACACUAUUCGGAGAGAGUGCUGGCGGUGCUUCUACCCACUUCUUAUCCCUAAGUCAGCAGACUGAAGGACUCAUCCACAAGGCGAUCGUGAUGUCCGGCAGCGUCUUGUGCCCCUGGACCCAGCCACCCCGCAAAAAUUGGGCCUAUCGACUGGCCCAGAAGCUGGGCUACACUGGCAACAACAAGGACAAGUCAAUCUUCGAGUUUCUAAAGACGGUAGAUGGCGGUGAAAUUGUCAAGGCGUCUUCCACCAUACUGAGCAAGGAUGAGAAGCACCACCGUGUGCUGUUCGCCUUUGGACCCGUUGUGGAAUCAUAUAGAACGGAUCACACGGUGAUCGACAGGCCAGUCCACGAGUUAAUACAGAAUUCUUGGAGCAACCGAGUGCCCAUGAUGUUCGGGGGCACCAGCUUCGAGGGACUGCUCUUCUAUCCUGAGGUCUCGAGGCGUCCUGCCACCCUGGAUGAAGUGGGCAACUGCAAGAAUCUGUUACCCAAGGACCUGAGUGCGAAUUUGGAUAAUAAGCUGCGCGAGAACUAUGGUCUGCAGCUGAAGAAGGCGUAUUUCGGCGACGAGCCAUGCAACCAGGCUAAUAUGAUGAAGUUCCUCGAACUGUGCUCCUAUCGCGAGUUCUGGCAUCCCAUUUACCGGGCGGCCUUAGCCCGAGUGCGGCAGUCCAGUGCGCCCACAUACCUCUACCGCUUCGACCACGACUCCAAGCUGUGCAACCCCAUCAGGAUUGUGCUGUGUGGCCACGAGAUGCGCGGAGUGUGUCACGGAGACGACCUCGGCUACCUCUACCACAGCAUGUUGUCGCACCAAUCCGCUCCGGAUUCUCCGGAAUACAAAGUGAUCAGCGGCAUGAUCGAUGUGUGGACGAGUUUCGCCGCCAACGGCGAUCCCAAUUGCGAAAGCAUCAAGGAUCUGAAGUUCGCUCCCCUCGAGGAUGAGAACGAUUUCAAGUGCCUGAAUAUAACCGAGCCUUUUAAGUAUAUUACGUUGCCGGAAUUGAAGAAAAUCGAUACUGUGUGGAACGGCUUCUAUGCCCCCAACCAGCUGUAGAUGCAGGGCAUCUGCGUGGUUCUAUAGCUUUAGCUGUCUCAAUUACAUGGACUUGUAUGAUCUUAAAUUGUGUAAAUAAGCUGUACAAAUGUUGCGGUUAGUCUAAGCUUGAGAUGAUGUUUGUUUUAUUUAACAAUAUGUUAUAUUUAGUUAGUUAUAGCCUGACAGAGCAUAUGUGGUGUAAGUUCGAUUUAACAGGAGCAAAUAAAAUUAUAAUUACUUUUUA